AUGUCGUGGGAAGGGUUUAAAAAAGCUAUCAACCGAGCAGGUAAUAGUGUCAUUGUCAAGAAUGUUGACAAGACUAUUGAUAAAGAAUAUAAUAUGGAGGAACGUCGUUAUAAAGUUCUUCAAAAAGCCGGGGAUUCAUUACAGAAGGAGGCUAAGGGGUAUUUGGAUUCUAUCAGAGCCGUGACUGCUUCACAAGUGACCAUUGCUGAAGUAAUUUCUAAUCUAUAUGAUGAUUCCAAAUAUGCCAAUUCCAAUAAUAACAGUAACGUGGGUAAUUAUUAUUUACAAUCUGUACAGGAUUUUGAUUCUGAAACAGUUAAACAACUGGAUGGUCCCUUUAGAGAGACUGUCUUGGACCCUGUUACUAAAUUCUCGAGUUAUUUCAAAGAAAUCGACGACGCUAUAAAGAAAAGAGACCACAAGAAACAAGAUUAUGAUGCAUCCAAGGCUAAAGUACGUCGACUAAUCGAGAAGCCUGCGAAAGAUGCAUCUAAAUUGCCAAGGGCUGAAAAGGAAUUGGCCCUAUGCAAAGACGUGUUUGAUAAUUUGAACGAUCAAUUAAAAUUGGAAUUGCCACAACUAAUCUCAUUAAGAGUGCCAUAUUACGACCCUAGUUUCGAAGCAUUGGUCAAGAUCCAGAUGAGAUUCUGUACUGAUGGGUACACGAGGCUGGCACAAAUCCAACAGUAUUUAGAUCAACAAUCAAGAGAUGAUUAUGCCAAUGGGUUAUUGGACGACCGGAUUUCCGAUCUCCUGCAACAGAUGUCCAGUCUGGACAUCUGUGCCUUGGGGUAUAAAUGA